GUGUGAACGAGUAGAAGCUCCGUUAGCAGGCAGGCCGCUGCUCUACAGUGUGGAGGUCUGGGGCGUGGCCACAGGAAAGAGCCCCUCUGUAGAAAACCAGCGGCGGUUUUUUUUUCAUCUUUUGUAAACUUUUGAAACAUUUUGACACGAUGAAUCGAUCUGCGGUGAAGUCCACCCAGGACACGCUUAUUGAGAUGAGUGAGAGCGCUUCCCAGGCUGGCGAAGAGAACAACAGCUUCUAUUCCAAUUCAGAUAAUGUGUUACUUCAGCAACAUGGUGCCAAGGUGGAUAAACAUCCUCAGAGUAAAGACUCUGUAUAUUUCAGAGAUGGUGUUCGGCGUGUAGAUUUUGUUCUCUCUUAUGUCGAUGAAAAAGACGGAGAAAGAAAAGAGGAAAGAAGGAAACAGUAUGAAGCUAACCUACAGAAAGCGGGGCUAGAGCUGGAGCUUGAAGACAAAUCGGAAUCUGAGAAUGGGAAGACUUAUUUCCUAAAGAUCCAUGUCCCGUGGGAGGUGUUGGCCACUUACGCUGAUGUCCUAAAGAUUAAAGUGCCUUUCAAAGUCAAUGACAUCAUUGAAAACCAUGAGACUCCUGCCUCCUGGCUCUUCACACCAUUCCGCUUGCCUGAUUCAGUCAUGCACCCUGAACCAGACUACUUCACUGCCCCCUUUGACAAGAGCAAGAUUGAUUUCUUCCUCAUCGACAAUAAAGAUACCUUCUUCCCUAACUCCACACGCAACAGGAUAGUCUAUUACAUCCUCUCCCGUUGCCAUUACAAUAAAGACGACAAACUCUACAAGGACAAAAGAGGCAUCAAGCGGCUGCUUAACAACGGAACCUACACUUCAGCCUUCCCUCUGCAUGAUUGCAGAUAUUGGACAAAGUCUCGAGACCCUAACCGUGAAAAUGAGAGGUAUAACCUCUACCGAUACUGGGCUCGGUUCUUCCGCUUCUACAAGGAGCAGCCACUCGAUCUUAUUCGGAGAUACUAUGGGGAGAAGAUUGGGAUCUAUUUUGCUUGGUUGGGCUUCUAUACUGAAAUGCUGUUCUAUGCUGCUCUGGUUGGACUUUUGUGCUUCAUCUUUGGACUGGGGACAUAUAAUGAUGCUGUCUGGACUAGCGAAAUCUGUAAUGAAACAAUUGGCGGGCAGAUUAUCAUGUGCCCUCUCUGUGAUAAGAAAUGUGGCUAUUGGAAACUGAACAGUACCUGCAACUCCACCUGGCAAUCACAUCUCUUUGACAACAAAGCGACAGUGUUCUUUGCUAUAUUUAUGGGUAUAUGGGUGACUCUGUUCCUUGAGUUUUGGAAGCGGCGACAAGCUAGGCUGGAGUACGAGUGGGACCUGGUGGACUUUGAGGAGGAGCAGCAGCGGCUUCAGCUUAGGCCUGAGUAUGAGACCAAAUGCACUGGCCGUCGCCUUAACCGUGUCACACGGGAGAUGGAGCCUUACUUACCCGUAACAAGCAAAUGUGCUCGCGCCUGUGUGUCUGGGACCACCGUCUUGUUCUGGAUCUCUCUAAUUAUAGCGAGUAUAAUCGGGGUGAUAGCAUAUCGGCUAGCUGUGUUCGCUGCUCUGGCUAGCGUUAUGAAGGACAGCCCUACCAAUAAGCUGGAAGUGGUGGGCUCACUUAUCACCCCACAGCUGGCCACAUCUGUCACAGCCUCCUGCAUCAACUUCGUGAUUAUCAUGAUACUUAACUUCCUGUAUGAACGUGUGGCCAUAUGGAUUACAGACAUGGAAAUCCCAAAAACACAUCUUGAGUAUGAAAACAAACUGACCGUCAAGAUGUUCCUCUUCCAGUUUGUUAACUACUAUUCCUCCUGCUUCUACGUGGCCUUCUUUAAAGGAAAGUUUGUGGGCUACCCUGGCAAAUAUGCGUACAUGUUCGGUGAGUGGACCGGGCUGAGGAAUGAAGAGUGUGACCCUGGUGGUUGUUUGAUUGAGCUGACGACUCAGCUUGUGAUAGUGAUGGCUGGUAAACAAGUGUGGGGGAACAUCCAGGAGGCCUUAGUUCCCUGGCUGCAGAACUGGUGGCGCAGCAGGAGUGCUCGCAGCCACCCAGAGAGUCUGUACAGCCGCUGGGAGCAGGAUUAUGAUCUGCAGAACUUCAGUCAGUUUGGUCUUUUCUAUGAGUACCUUGAAAUGGUGAUCCAGUUUGGUUUUAUCACAUUGUUCGUGGCCUCCUUUCCAUUGGCUCCUCUGUUGGCUUUGAUAAAUAAUAUUCUGGAGGUGCGCGUGGACGCAUGGAAGUUGACCACUCAGUUCCGCAGACCUGUAGCAUCUAAAGCCCACAGCAUUGGUGCCUGGGAAGAGAUCCUGAAUAUGAUUGCCGUCUUUUCCGUAGUAACCAAUGCAUUCAUUGUGGCAUUUACCUCUGAUAUGAUUCCUCGGCUGGUGUACCUAUACACACGUUACCCAGGCAUUGAACCAACUAUGAAGGGCUACAUCAACAAUAGCCUGUCCAUCUUCAAUAUCUCGCAGAUCCCAGUGCAAAACAGACCUGAAGAUGGUGAGAAUCCUGCCUGGUUCAAUAGCUCUGUGAUUACCACCUGCAGGUACCGAGAUUACCGCUACCCCCCAGGCCAUGAGUAUGAGUACUCCCACAACAUGCAGUUCUGGCAUAUCCUGGCAGCCAAAAUGGCCUUUAUUAUUAUUAUGGAGCAUGUUGUGUUUGUGGUGAAAUUCUUUGUGGCAUGGAUCAUUCCGGAUGUGCCGUCUGACGUGAAGGCUCGUGUAAAGCGGGAACGCUACCUGGUCCAAGAGUACCUGCACAACUAUGAGGUGGAGAAGCUCCGAGUGCAGCUGAGUCAGAACGGAAGUGCAGACCAGUGCAUUUGUCCCGAAAGGGCUACAGUUGUGAAACACGAGGUGCUUUCUGAAUGCCUGUCCUAGCCUGGGGUACAACCCACUUUCCCUCACAACAAACUUAUUAAAAAGUUAUUAGCCACUUGCCUCGCCCUUGGUCAUAAACUCUCUUCUAGCUCCGACAGCUCCUAAUUACGAUCAGCUCCAUUCUGCCCAUAUGCAUUUGGAUGUCAAGGUCCCAGAUUUGCUCUCUUGCUCUGAGAAAUCCAAUACACAAGACAUGUUGUGGAAAGUUUUUAUCCAUGACGUGUGGAGCUGGCCAUGCUUUUCUUACAUCAUAUGCUGUUGCCUCUUUUGUCACUCUGUCCAAGUUCAUUUUACUUAAUUUAGAAACCUCAUAUUUUUGUUUUUAUUUUGCAACAAGCCUUGUACAACCUGGUUCAGAGAGAUUUUGGCUUGAGAGAUUUCUGUCUAGUUAAUUCAGAUCCUACAGUGUAGAAUCCCUUGUGCAUCCAAAGACAAAAAGCCUUAUUGUCACAUGUCUAAGUGUGUAUUACUAUUCCUGCAAGAUAAAUAUUUGAGUCAUGGUAUGAGUAGAGAGGCCUCUAAAACCUUGCCUUCUGAUAAGAUGCAUCUAAGGAAAUCGAUGGUCCGCGGAGUUGAAGAUUUUUAGAGAAAAUAUUGUUUGUUCCAUAUUUUAGCCUGUUUUACUGUCUCCAUCUGUAUAUUUUAUAUUUUGCCUUUGAUAUUACAGGAAAACUCUUCCUAGAUUCAACUAAGUACAUGUCAAAGCACGAAACAUCACGUGGUGUUUUCACCGUUCACCCAUCAUGCUGUUAUCACACCUCUAUGCAAAUCAAAUUAAUAUGCAACAUCACAAGACUGUCAGAAAAAUCUUAAGCGCUUCAAUCAGUCAAUGCACCGUACUUUCUGUAACGUGUCUGCAGUCAGGUAAUGUCAACAGUGCAGUCACACUUGAAGGUAACUUCAACAAGUGAAGAUAGCUAAGCUGAUGAUAGGUGAAGGCAAUCAGCAUAUCCUAUAAACCAAAUCCUGAAUAAAUUCCAGUCAAAGCCUGCUAUUCGAAACUGAAGUGUUAGUAUAAUGAAGAGUAAGCAAUAUUUAAUGCAUGACUGAAAGGGCAGACUGGCCAUACUAAUGGCUUUUAAUGUGCCUUUAUUUAUCGCCACAUAUUUUCCUGUGAGGGAAAUUCCAGUUGUAGUCAUGGGGACACUGUGAUGCUCGGUUGUUUUUUUUUCAUUUUAGGGGUGAGGAAAAUGUGAGGUUAUUGCACAGAGCACUUAGUGAAGAAGGAAUUUAUUUGUUUGAGUAUGCCAGUGUGAUUAUUGUAUGUACACUACAGUAUCAGUGUUGUUUUAAUCAAGAUGAUGUGUGGAAGAGGUCUUGUGAAUCACUGUAAAUGCUUUGACAACCACACCAUGUCUUUUAUUUUCAGAUCUCAUUAAAGCAUCAUGGCACAAUAAAAAUGUGCUAACUGUUGAGACUUUUUUUUUUAAUGUUUUUGGAGAAAAAAAAAAGCCUAGAAUAGCCAAAGACAGAUUAUUUGCUUGCUCACUUCCUUUGCAAAUACAUAUACAGAGACAUAUAAUCAAGUGUCAUGUGCUAGUUUUGCUUUUUUUCCUUUGAUUCCUGAAGAUAUUUAAGUUAUUACACAAAAUCGAGUCGUACAUGAGCUGAUGCGCACCUCGUUGGCUAUAAGCCGUGUAUGACGAGCCUGAGUGGAAUAACUGUUUUAUUCUAUCCAAAUUCACUGGAUUUUGAGAAACAGAGCAUUUUUAUUUUUUGCCAAUUGGAUAAAUAAAAACUUUAUACAAAACGUCCAGCAAAAUCAUUUCCGCUUAGAAUGUAAACAAACUGGCGAAAUGACUAGCAAUUUGUGAAAAAUGCGAUAAUAAUAAUUCUUGAAAAAUAAACAAAGAUACAAUCUUACCAUCAUAUACUUUUAUUUUAUAUUUUGUUGCCUUUUUUUUUUGGGGGGGGGGGUUCUUCAGGGAUUUUUUUUUUGGUGGCUAGUGCAUUACUGCCACCGACUGGGCUGGAGUGCAGAACAGGAGAUUCUUUUUUUGGGGGGGGGGGCAACGACGACACCAUAUUCUUUUAGCUAUUUCUGUUUAAGUACUUGAUGAUAAUUUUUAGGGUUUUGUUUUCAAGUAGAGUUUUAAUUUCGUCCUCGGUUGGUUCAGCAACAAGCGCCGCCAUUUUGUUUUUCUGUACUCCUGGUAUAUGAGCUGAUAUCCUAGUAGUAGAAUAUCCAAUCAGAGCAUGCGAUUGCUCACAUCCAGUGAAUGUGGGUAGAACAAAACUCUUUAUUUGGUCGUCUACUUUUAAUUUUAUUCUUCGCUCUCACACUUUGCCUUUGAUAACUGUUGAAUUAUGACUGUUAAUUCCUUUAAAAAGCCUUCUGUGUUGUAGAUACAUACAGUCUAUUUAAGACCACGGAACACCAGAAGCCAUGGACACUAGUUUUACUUUGCAGCAAAACAUAAAGAAGCCAUGUUUUUGUAUCAUUAAACAAGCUUUGCCUUGAAAUUGUCUGAUUUAAAUGAAUACUCUAGGUCACAUAGACUUCAUGUUCAAUCCUUUUGUGCUGUGAUUUGAUCAGCUUGUACAUUUUCUUGACUGACAGCUCAUUAUUAUUGUAUAGCAUUACAUGUUGCCUCAUGUACGCGGUUUACGUAUAUAAUGCUGGUUCUAAAGCAGUUAUCAUUGUUAUUGGUUCUGCAUACAUGAAUGAAUAUUAUUUUAAAUAAAACACAGAUCACAUUUUUAUACUUUC